AUGGCUCAAAGUAGGAAGAAGAGUUACGUUGAUGUUAGGCGUAAAAAUAUGGAGUUUGAGAUAGCUGAUAAAGUAUUUCUGAAAGUGGCACCUAUGAAGGGGGUGUUGAGAUUUGGCAAGAAGGACUCAUCGCAUGUUGUCGAUUAUGAGCCUUUGCAUUUGAAUGAGAACCUGAGCUAUGAAGAGAAGCUUAUUCAAAUCCUGGCCAGGGAAGUGAAAGUUUUACACAAUAAGGAGAUAGCAUUGGUGAAGGUCCUUUGGUGGAAUCAUCAGUUUGAGGAAGCAAGUGGGAGCAUGAGGAUGACAUGA